AUGCAACCUUCAACCGACGCUAAUCGCAUAGACGAGAAUCCCUCAACAAGCACUAGAGACGUGGCUAGAGAAGUGCAAGUAUCAAAAACUAAAGUGUGGCAAACGCUGCGUGAAGAGGGGCUGCAUCCGUUUCACGUCCAACGUGUACAAGCCCUUAAACCUGACGAUUUUCCAGCAAGAGUGCGGUUUUGUGAGUGGUUGCUGCAUCAACAUGACAUUAAUCCGGACUUUUUGAAGUGCAUAUUGGUGACAGACGAAUCUACGUUCACGCACUUUUUACGCAACAUUUUGCCUUCCUUGUUAGAAGAUGUGCCAUUAAGUGUAAGACAAUUAAUUACUGUUAGUGGUGAUGAAUCGUGGAUUUACUGUGAAGAAAAGCCAACAAAAGUCAUCCGUUCUCGAAGUGUUUCGAAAAAGAUGGUCGCGACAUUUGGGUCAAAAGCGGGUCAUAUUGCAACAAUUCCUCUUAAUGAGCAAAGAACUGUUUCUGGGGAUUGGUAUACCACAAUUUGUUGGCCAAAAGUCAUCACCGAGCUUCGAAAAAUCAACCCCGAAAGAAGAAUCAUCCCCCACCAAACAAUGCAAGCUCGCACACAGCUUAAAAACAAGGCAUCACCAGACGAAGCAGUUGACGCAUUCAAAAAUGCCUGGAAUAAGUGCUUCGAAAAUUGGUUCGAGCGCGUGCAGAUGUGUCUUCGUGGAAAAACAAUAAAGUCAUUUAAAACUACCUACCGUGUUGUUUUAUUCCCAUAUGCGAAACUUAAAAGACAUCCCUCGUAUGGCAAAAUUUGUCCAACGAGAAGGCGUUUUUGA